CAUAUUUGAAUAUUUUCAUCAAUGAACAAGAAGAAGAAGAAGAAUCACUGCACAACAGAUCACUCACCACCCUAAAUUUCUCAAGAACACGUUACAUUCAAAUCCAAAAUCAUGAAUUCAAAUUCCCCAUUUCCAAUUCCAGACGAAGAAUUCUCCUCUCUCCCUCUUGAAUUCAUUUCUUACCCUCCAAUUCCCUCCCUAAACCCUAACCCUAACCCAAUCCCUCACUUCCUCUCCUUCUCCAUUCCCAAAAAACGACGCCGUGGCCGCUCCCAACGCACUACAAUACCCACCCCACCAACCGCUUCCUUUCAAUUCCCACCUCAAAACCCUAAUUCCACUUCUUCAGCACCAAUCCCUGAUUUUUCCGAGGAGAUUAUUGUAAUUAACAAAGAAUCCACCGGUGAAGCAUUGAUUGCACUUUCUUCCGGGUUUCCGGCGGAUUCGUUAACUGAAGAAGAGAUCGAAGCGGGUGUCGUGUCGGUUAUUGGCGGAAUCGAACAGGUGAAUUAUAUUUUGAUUAGGAAUCAUAUUAUUAUGAAAUGGCGCGAAAAUGUUAAUUCUUGGAUUAGUAAAGAAAUGUUUGUGAAUUCGGUUCCGCAGCAUUGUCAUGGGUUAUUAGAUUCUGCUUAUGAGUAUUUAGUUUCGCGUGGGUUUAUUAAUUUUGGGGUGUCGCAGUCGAUUAAGGAGAUUGCUCCGUUGGAAGUGAAUAGUAAUUGUAAUGUGAUUAUAAUUGGUGCUGGUUUAGCGGGAUUGGCUGCUGCGAGGCAGUUGAUGAGGUUUGGGUUUAAAGUUAGUGUCUUGGAAGGGAGAAAGCGUCCCGGUGGAAGAGUUUAUACGAUGAAAAUGGAGGGUGGCGGUGGGAAUAGGGUUUUUGCGUGGGCGGAUUUGGGUGGGAGUGUGUUGACAGGGACUUUGGGGAAUCCAUUAGGGAUUGUGGCUAGGCAGUUAGGGUGUUCGUUGCAUAAGGUUAGAGAUAAGUGUCCAUUGUAUAGGUUUGAUGGAAAUCCCGUUGAUUUGGAUAUGGAUAUGAAGGUUGAGAAUGCAUUUAAUCGGUUGUUGGAUAAGGCUAGUAAGCUUAGGCAAUUGAUGGGGGAUGUUUCAAUGGAUGUCUCACUAGGUGCUGCUGUCGAAACUUUUAGACAGGUUUAUGGGGAUGCAGUGACUAAUGAGGAUAUGAAUUUGUUUAAUUGGCAUUGUGCGAAUUUGGAAUAUGCAAAUGCAGGUUUGUUGUCUAAGCUUUCACUGGCCUUUUGGGACCAGGAUGAUCCAUAUGAUAUGGGUGGGGAUCAUUGUAUUAUACCUGGUGGUAAUGGAAAGUUGGUUCAGGCCCUAGCUGAGAAUGUGCCUAUUUCAUAUGAGAAGACCGUGCAUACGAUUAGAUAUGGGAGUGACGGAGUGCAGGUUAUUUCUGGAAGUCAGGUUUUUGAAGGGGAUAUGGUAUUGUGUACAGUUCCAUUAGGGGUAUUGAAGAGUGGCUCUAUAAAAUUUAAUCCCGAGUUGCCGCAGAAGAAACUUGAUGGGAUAAAGAGGUUGGGGUAUGGGCUGUUGAAUAAGGUCGCAAUGCUUUUUCCUUGUGUGUUCUGGGAAACAGAUCUUGACACAUUUGGGCAUUUGACUGAGGAUUCAAGCACACGGGGGAAGUUCUUUUUAUUUUAUAGCUAUGCUGCAGUUUCUGGUGAUCCACUAUUGAUUGCACUUGUUGCGGGAGAAGCUGCACAUAAGUUUGAGAGCAUGCCCCCCACAGAUGCAGUGACUCAGGUUCUUCAGAUCCUGAAAGGUAUUUAUGAACCCAAAGGAAUCACCGUCCCAGAGCCGAUCCAAACUGUCUGUACAAGAUGGGGCAGUGAUCCCUUUACCCUCGGUUCCUACUCUAAUGUUGCUGUUGGAGCUUCUGGAGAUGAUUAUGAUAUAUUAGCGGAAAGUGUUGGAGAUGGAAGACUUUUCUUUGCAGGGGAGGCCACCAAUAGGCGUUAUCCUGCAACCAUGCAUGGAGCUUUUCUCAGUGGGUUAAGGGAAGCUGCAAACAUAGUUCGCCAUGCUAAUGCGAGAACCUCAAGGAUUAAAGCUAGUAAAGAACCUUCUAAGAAUGUCCAUCACUGCACAUCGCUUCUUACUGAUUUGUUUAGGGAUCCUGAUUUAGAAUUUGGGAGUUUUUCUGUCAUUUAUAGUCGAAAGGAUGUUGAUCCAAAGUCCACAGCAAUUUUGAGGGUUACAUUUAAUGAGCCUCGGAAGAAAAAUCAGGAAAGUUCCGGACCAGAUCAACAACAUUCGAACAAAUUACUUUUUCAGCAGCUUCAGUCACAUUUUAAUCAGAAACAGCAGCUUCAUGUGUACAUUUUGCUAUCAAAACAACAGGCUUUUGAGCUAAGAGAGGUCAGAGGGGGUGAUGAAAUGAGGUUGAACUACCUCUGCGAAAAGCUUGGAGUGAAGCUGGUAGGAAGAAAGGGUUUGGGGCCUACAGCUGAUUCUCUUAUUGCUGCUAUUAAAGCUGAGAGGGGUAGCCGGAAAGCCACUUCAAAUUCUUUGGAUCUUAAAGUGGGCUCUUUGAAAGGGACAUCCAAGCUUAAAGCAGGCACUUUGAAGAAGAAAUUGAUAAGAAGAGCUAAAAUAGUAAGCAACAACAAUAGGUUAGUACCUCCUUUCGAUUCAAAUAUAGCAAAAGAACAAGUGCCUGUGGAAACUCAAACACCAAAUCAGGGACCUUCCGAGGUUUUGGAUGCAGGGCAAAGUCAAGUUGAUGGCUUAAAGAAUGAGCAGAUGGCGCCUUUCUGCUGAAAGUGGAAUUUGCAACUCCUCAUGAUUCUAGGAUUGGAUUGUUUUGCUACUUUACUGAAGUCUGGAUACUGUUCUAUCAGCUUGGUAAUUGGCGGAUAUCCUGGUUAUUAUCAUGUGCUCUUGUUUCCCUCUGGCGGAUUUGUUUAUUUUUGCAUCUGUCAACAAGGGCCAGUUGCUUAUAUCUGUCAGCAAGGGCCAGUUCAAUAACUUUAGGGGUGCUUUUCUUCUCCCGAACCUAUGUUACAGGAAAACGGAACAUUUUAAACAAGAAACAAUGAAAUAGAAAACGGAGAAAUGAUAUUUUAUACAAGAAUAGGUUAUAACUUAUAAAUAUAAAGUUUGGAGUUUUAGAAGCGUUUCUCGGAAAUGAAAAAUAGGACUUAAUAAGUUCCCAUGCAACAUAGUUCCCAACUAUUUGAAGAUUUGUACCUGGUCAGGGGUACCAGAUUAUGUUGCAGCCUGGAUGCAGUAUCUUCUCAAUUUGGACCCUGCCAUUGUCCAGGGUACUGGGGCGGCGAGAACAAAUAGCACCUUUCUUAUGAAGCCCUUGUGUUUGGCAAGCAGCAGAGGCCAAUGUCCAUGAGUCACCUGCUCACUGUCAAGUUUGUUGCUAAUCUGACUGCGGUUUGUGGAGAUGGAUACUUUUAGGUGGUUUUACUGUGAAAUCGAGUAAUAUGAUUAUUCCACUUGUCCAUUUCAUCUUUAUUCUAAAGCUGUUUGGACUUGCAGUGACACCACGGGAAGGGUUUUAGGGAGUUGGGGACAGUAUCGCGGUGGUGUUUAAUAAGGUAAAAUCGGAUUUCAAUUUCUGCUAUAUUGAAGCAAAGCAAGGUUGGAAGUUUCGGAUGCCAUGAUUACUUCCUUGGUGGAGAGGCUCAUGCACACUUCGAUUUUUAGCGAGUUUUUAAAGGUAGAAGUAGAACAUUGUUACGUAAUCGCUCUAGUUGUUCAGUUGUUAUUUAUGAAGAUUCAAUAGUGUGAUACUUCCUGCUUGGAAUUGGAAAAUGGAGAUGGAUUGAAAGAAAGUGCAGAUUCUUGAUUGUAAUUGCGUUCUGAAAUCUUUAAACAUUCUUGACGAUUUCUUGUAUAUACAAAAUUAGGAUUAACAGUUAGUGUAUAGGUGUGAAAUUGUUAAAGAAGUAUAGCUUAUCAAAGACUCAAAGAUUUAUAUUUCCGGAAGCAUUUGUUAAGUAUGUGUUGUAAUUUAACGAUGCUGCCCCUAAUUAUAGAAAUUAAAAGAUUUUAUUUAA